CUUCCAAAAAUUACACCAUGGCAACUUGGCAAUAUGAAAUCAGGAGGCAGUGCAAAUUUGGAAGAUAACGAGGCGAGAUAAAAACAACAAAUUCUCUCUCUGAGAAUCAGCCGUUCUGCUCAGAAGAAGCCAGCCCACAAUGCAUCCGAGCAUCAUAACUCUUUCUUUCAGUCAAAAUCAAUACACAUCCAGCCAGCAAGCUGGGCGGAAGAAAAGAACCAUAACAAGAAUAAUAAGGGGUAGCUCUGGCUUCUCCCGGCUUUCGCCUUUCUGGCCUCUUUCUUGAGUCCUCAAAUGGCUUCUUCUUCUGGGUCAGCAUCAUCACAAAAUUGCCCGCCAUUCGACUUCUCGGCCAAGUACUACUCCUCCUCCAGUAGUGGAAAUGGGUGCGUGAGGCAGGGCAGCUUCUUUGAGGGGAAACCCUUGUUGGGACAAGGCGUUGGCUACUCUGUCAUUCUUGGCUUCGGUGCCUUCUUUGCCGUCUUCACUUCUUUUCUGGUGUGGCUGGAGAAGAGAUACGUCGGGUUACGCCACACUUCAGAAUGGUUCAACACUGCCGGCAGGAACGUCAAAACUGGACUUAUCGCCAGUGUCAUUGUCUCACAGUGGACAUCGGCUGCCACAAUCUUGCAAAGCUCAAACGUAGCUUGGGAAUUUGGAGUGAGUGGACCGUUCUGGUACGCCAGUGGAGCUGCCAUUCAGGUUCUGUUGUUUGGGGUGAUGGCCAUAGAGAUCAAAAGAAAGGCUCCACAUGCACAUACAGUGUGCGAGAUUGUAAAAGCUCGAUGGGGUACACCUGCACACAUUGUGUUCCUCUUCUUCUGCUUCCUCACCAACAUCAUAUUCACGGCUAUGCUGCUCCUUGGUGGCUCGGCAGUCGUCAAUGCACUCACGGGAGUUAACAUCUAUGCCGCCAGCUUCCUCAUCCCACUUGGAGUCAUCGUCUAUACCCUUGCUGGCGGCCUCAAGGCCACAUUCCUGGCUAGCUACAUUCAUUCUGUCAUUGUCCAUGUAGCACUUGUCAUCUUUGUCUACUUAGUCUACACGGCAAGCAGCCAACUUGGCAGUCCGAGUGUGGUAUACCGCCGUCUACUGGAAGUGACGAGCAAAUCCAGAGCCUGCAAUGACCCAAUCUCCCUCACUGGCCAAGCAUGCGGCCCUGUUAAAGGAAACUACAAAGGUUCUUAUCUUACCAUGCUCAGUCCUGGAGGCCUUGUCUUUGGCAUCAUCAACAUCGUUGGAAACUUCGGCACUGUUUUCCUUGACAAUGGUUAUUGGGUGAGUGCGAUAGCUGCAAGACCAUCCUCAACACAUAAAGGGUACUUGUUGGGAGGCCUGGUUUGGUUUGCUGUCCCUUUCUCUUUAGCAACAGCACUUGGUCUAGGAGCACUCGCCCUUGAUCUCCCAAUAUCUCAGGCAGAAGCAAGCCGUGGACUUGUUCCUCCUGCAACAGCCACUGCUCUAAUGGGGAAAUCUGGUUCUGUACUCCUUCUCACCAUGCUUUUCAUGGCUGUGACUUCAGCUGGAUCAUCCGAGCUAAUUGCAGUCUCCUCACUAUGCACCUACGACAUCUACCGUGCCUACAUAAACCCAAAAGCGUCAGGUAAACAAAUCCUCCGAGUCUCGAGAGCAGUCGUGCUAGGAUUCGGAUGCUUCAUGGGGUUGCUGGCAGUGAUACUGAACAAGGCUGGAGUGUCACUUGGUUGGAUGUAUCUAGCCAUGGGAGUGCUUAUAGGCUCAGCUGUUAUUCCCAUUGCUUUGAUGCUCCUAUGGAGGAAAGCCAACGCAAUUGGUGCCAUAUUGGGAACUGUAAUCGGAUGUGUUCUAGGUAUAACCACGUGGCUAUCAGCUACGAGCAUCGAGUAUGGGAGGAUCGAUCUUCACACGACUGGCAGGAAUGCACCAGCGCUGGCUGGUAAUCUGGUUUCUAUACUUACUGGAGGAGCUGUACACACUUUGUGCAGUCUGGUGUGGCCUCAGAACUACGAGUGGGAUACUACGAGGGAGAUUAGCACUGUUGAGAAGGACCGGAGUGAGCUGCCUGCGGAAGAGUUUGGAGAGGAGAAGUUGAAGAGAGCUAAAGCAUGGAUUGUGAGACGGGGAGUUGCUUUCACUCUUGUCAUUGUUGUUGUUUGGCCACUUCUUAGCCUUCCUGCCAGGGAUUUUAACUUAGGUUACUUCACAUUCUGGGUUGUGAUUGCCAUAGCCUGGGGAACCAUUGGAUCAACAGUGAUUAUAGCUUUGCCAUUGAUCGAGAGCUGGGGUACCAUCAAGAAUGUCUGCCUCGGGAUGUUUACAAAUGACAGGCUGAUGGAGAAGCUUGAAGAGAUCGACACGAAGCUGCAGACUAUCAUACUGACUAUCCCUGAAGCUGAGAAAAUGUACAUGCUUGAGAAGGAUAAAGCUACUGCGAAGAAGCGAGAGACGGAACAUGAAGCUUAGUUGCUUCUUUGGAUUGAUCUGAAUCGAUCACAACCUUGUGUAAAUGAGCAAGUAAAUCUCAGUUGAUGGGGUUUCUACUGUCGAGCAGUUUUAAGUAUUGUCGCUGAACCAGUAUCAUGAUAUCAGUGAGUAAGUGAUACUGCUGCUGUUUAUCGUCAAUUACCAUGAGACCACAAGUAUUUGGCAUUUCACAUGUACAGUCCAGUGUACAUUUUGGUUGUUAAAGUAUAGCUGGCCAAUGGCCAAAAUAAGGACAAGGAGAAUGUGCAAUGAGAUUAUAUUAGAAUAACUGUCUCGCUUGAAAGUUGAGAUUCUUCAACUCAACUAUGUGUUCUCAUAGAAAGCAUGCAUUAUAAAUUUGUUGGUUGUAUGAAUGAUAUGAUUCUAAAACAAGUCAUCCUGA